CGUAAUCACAGCCGAAAAAUAUUUUUUGCGGAUGACGUUUGUGCGGCGAAACUGACGGGAGAGAAACGUUACGUUACAGUUAUUAUUGUUGCACACACGUAGCCGACUUACACGGAUACCGCAUACAUAAUAUCGAAGCGAACGGAUUGUGCAAUGGAGAGUAUAUUCCACGAAAAGAUAUAAGAAUCCGAGACACUCAUAUUCCGACGAUGGUUCGUAGCAAGAGGGAUUCCUCUGCGCUCAGCAUUGCCUGAACGCGCUAUUGCAAGGACCCUACUUUAACGCCGUGGAUCUGGCAAAUUUCGGUCACCAGAUGGACGAGGAGGAGAGAAUCCGGAUGGCCGAGUCGGGCGUCGACAGCGAAGAUUACAAGCUGUUCCUCGAGCAACCAUCGGGAAACAUGGAUGACAGUGGAUACUUUUCAGUUCAAGUUAUCAGCAGUGCUUUAAAAGUUUGGGGUUUAGAACUGAUACCAUAUAACAGCACGGAACCAACAGCUUUACUGGCACAGAAUGAUCCUUCACGGAUGAGUGCGUAUAUAUGUAAUUAUAAAGGGCAUUGGUUUACAAUAAGAAAACUUGGAAAUCAAUGGUUUAAUUUAAAUUCAAUGCUCAGUGGACCACAACUUAUAUCAGACACUUAUCUUGCAAUGUAUUUAGCUCAAUUGUUGCAAGAAGGAUAUUCAAUAUUUAUUGUUAUUGGUACACUUCCACAAUGUCCAGCAGAAGAUGUUCUUUUGAAAAAUCCUAUAGUAGCGACAAAAAGUAACUUGGGUUCAGAAUCAAAGGCAACACUCAAAAGUACGAAAGCGGAAGACGACAUUUUAAAGGCUGCUCUAGCGAUGAGCGAGGUGAAGAUUCCACAACCUUCCUGCGCGAGUAGAAGCGCGUCCUCAUACAAAUCCGGAGUAUCCGCGAGCAAACCCCGUGAAAGGAUAAUUCCCGUGAAAGUCGAGAGUAGAGAUAACGAAAGCGAGGACGAUGAUGACGAGAAUGUGCAAUUAGCAAGGGCAUUGCAGAUGAGCCUGCAGAGUGAAGAGGACGAUGUAGACAAAACGCUCAAGUUGAGAUUAGAUCUUCAUACGGAUAAAAACACUACGCAUUUAGCAAAUUCCACAGACGAUACGGACGAGGAUGACGAGCUUAGACGAGCGUUACAACUGAGUCUCGAAUGUGUAACCGCCCCACCCACACCCGAUCCCGAAGAUAUACGUUGGCGUCGUCUGAAUCACUUUGCCAUGUUCAACACGAGGACACCCAAUAACGAAGCACCUGCAAAACUGAAUACUUAACACAAUAAGGGAAACUUCUAUCUGCACAAACUCUGUCUACUAUUACUAAACCUAAUACUACGUUGUAAAUUAUACUCUUGAGAAUAAUUGAGUCUGAGGUACGUCACUUUAUAAACUAAUUGUUAUUUGGCAAGAUUUUAUCUUACUUAAAAUGGAUAAAUCGACUAAAGGUAUAUUUCCGGUUUCAUGAAACUGUGUUCUCGUUAAUUUUCUGUUUUUUUUCCCCUAAUUUUGUUAUUUGUACUACACACACUUACACACACACACACACACAUAAUAUAUACAUAUGGAAUAAAUCGUU